GGCUCCACUGAGAUCCACUCUUUCGGUGCUCGACUCGCCCGUGCUGCUGCGGCCGCCGAAGGAGGGGCAAAGCUCAAGAUGGCGGACAAAACGCCAGGCGGAUCUCAGAAGGCCAGUUCGAAGACCAGAUCAUCAGAUGUUCAUUCAUCUGGGUCUUCAGAUGCACAUAUGGAUGCAUCUGGACCCUCAGAGAGUGACAUGCCAAGUCGGACACGACCUAAGAGCCCAAGAAAACAUAAUUAUAGAAAUGAGAGUACCCGUGAAAGCCUUUGUGAUUCUCCUCAUCAGAAUCUCUCAAGACCUCUUCUAGAAAACAAACUUAAAGCCUUCAGUAUUGGAAAAAUGAGUACGGCUAAGCGAACUUUAAGUAAGAAGGAGCAAGAAGAAUUAAAGAAAAAGGAAGAUGAAAAGGCAGCUGCUGAGAUUUAUGAGGAAUUUCUUGCCGCUUUUGAAGGAAGUGAUGGUAAUAAAGUGAAGACAUUUGUGCGUGGAGGUGUUGUUAAUGCAGCUAAAGAAGAACAUGAAACAGAUGAAAAAAGAGGUAAAAUUUAUAAGCCCUCUUCAAGAUUUGCAGAUCAAAAAAAUCCUCCAAAUCAGUCAUCCAAUGAAAGACCACCAUCUCUUCUUGUGAUAGAAACCAAAAAACCUCCACUGAAGAAAGGGGAGAAGGAAAAGAAAAAAAGCAAUUUGGAACUCUUCAAAGAAGAAUUGAAACAAAUUCAGGAAGAGCGUGAUGAGAGACAUAAAACAAAAGGCAGGUUAAGCCGAUUUGAGCCACCUCAGUCAGAUUCUGAUGGUCAGCGUCGUUCUAUGGAUGCGCCUUCAAGAAGAAAUAGAUCAUCUGGUGUUCUUGAUGAUUAUGCACCUGGCUCACAUGAUGUAGGAGAUCCAAGCACUACUAAUUUAUAUCUUGGAAACAUUAAUCCACAGAUGAAUGAAGAAAUGCUUUGUCAAGAAUUUGGAAGAUUUGGACCAUUAGCCAGUGUGAAAAUUAUGUGGCCUAGAACUGAUGAAGAAAGAGCAAGAGAGAGAAAUUGUGGCUUUGUGGCUUUUAUGAAUAGAAGAGAUGCUGAAAGAGCUUUAAAAAAUUUAAAUGGAAAGAUGAUUAUGUCAUUUGAAAUGAAGUUAGGUUGGGGUAAAGCUGUGCCUAUUCCUCCACAUCCGAUAUACAUUCCGCCUUCUAUGAUGGAACAUACGCUUCCCCCACCUCCAUCAGGACUGCCUUUUAAUGCGCAGCCUAGAGAGAGGUUAAAAAACCCCAAUGCUCCAAUGUUACCGCCACCUAAAAACAAGGAGGAUUUUGAGAAGACUCUGUCGCAAGCCAUAGUCAAAGUGGUUAUCCCAACAGAAAGGAAUUUGCUCGCCCUGAUACACCGAAUGAUAGAGUUUGUUGUACGUGAAGGGCCAAUGUUUGAAGCUAUGAUUAUGAACAGAGAAAUCAACAAUCCUAUGUUCAGGUUCUUAUUUGAAAACCAGACACCAGCCCAUGUUUACUAUAGGUGGAAGCUUUAUUCUAUUCUGCAGGGAGAUUCUCCAACUAAGUGGCGGACAGAAGAUUUUCGUAUGUUCAAAAAUGGAUCUUUUUGGAGGCCACCACCAUUAAAUCCAUACCUGCAUGGGAUGUCAGAAGAGCAAGAAACAGAAGCUUUUGUAGAGGAGCCAAGUAAAAAGGGAGCACUUAAGGAAGAACAGAGGGACAAAUUAGAAGAAAUCCUGCGGGGGUUAACUCCAAGGAAAAAUGAUAUUGGAGAUGCAAUGGUUUUCUGUCUUAAUAAUGCUGAAGCUGCCGAAGAAAUAGUGGAUUGCAUUACUGAGUCAUUGUCCAUCUUAAAGACACCCCUCCCCAAAAAGAUUGCCAGAUUAUAUUUGGUUUCUGAUGUUUUGUAUAAUUCUUCAGCCAAAGUUGCCAAUGCUUCAUAUUAUAGAAAAUUUUUUGAAACAAAGCUAUGUCAGAUAUUUUCAGACCUCAAUGCUACCUAUCGUACAAUUCAAGGCCAUUUACAGUCUGAAAACUUUAAGCAACGGGUAAUGACCUGCUUCAGAGCAUGGGAGGAUUGGGCAAUUUAUCCAGAACCAUUUUUGAUCAAACUACAAAAUAUUUUCUUAGGACUUGUAAAUAUUAUUGAAGAAAAGGAAACAGAGGAUGUACCAGAUGACCUUGAUGGUGCCCCCAUUGAGGAAGAGCUUGAUGGUGCACCUCUAGAAGAUGUGGAUGGAAUUCCUAUUGAUGCUACUCCCAUUGAUGAUCUUGAUGGGGUCCCUAUAAAGAGCCUUGAUGAUGAUCUUGAUGGAGUGCCUUUGGAUGCAACUGAGGACUCAAAGAAGAAUGAGCCCAUAUUUAAAGUUGCCCCAUCAAAAUGGGAAGCUGUAGAUGAAUCUGAAUUGGAAGCACAAGCUGUAACAACUUCUAAGUGGGAGUUAUUUGACCAGCAUGAAGAAUCAGAAGAAGAAGAAAAUCAAAAUCAAGAAGAAGAAAGUGAAGAUGAAGAAGAUACUCAGAGUUCCAAAUCAGAAGAACAUCAUUUGUACUCUAAUCCAAUCAAAGAAGAAAUGACCGAGUCCAAGUUCUCUAAGUACUCUGAAAUGAGUGAGGAAAAACGAGCUAAACUUCGUGAAAUUGAACUCAAAGUUAUGAAGUUUCAGGAUGAAUUGGAAUCUGGAAAAAGACCUAAAAAACCAGGCCAAAGCUUUCAGGAGCAAGUAGAACAUUACAGAGAUAAACUUCUUCAACGAGAGAAAGAGAAAGAAUUAGAAAGAGAACGAGAAAGAGAUAAAAAGGAUAAAGAAAAAUUGGAAUCUCGAUCCAAAGACAAGAAGGAAAAAGAUGAAUGUACUCCAACAAGGAAAGAAAGGAAGAGGCGACACAGCACAUCCCCUAGCCCAUCUCGCAGUAGCAGUGGUAGACGAGUGAAAUCCCCUUCACCCAAAUCGGAGCGAUCAGAGCGUUCAGAAAGAUCUCAUAAAGAGAGCUCACGAUCCAGGUCAUCUCACAAAGAUUCUCCUAGAGAUGUUAGCAAAAAGGCCAAAAGAUCACCAUCUGGUUCGAGGACACCUAAAAGGUCUAGGCGAUCACGGUCUAGAUCCCCUAAAAAGUCAGGGAAGAAAUCCAGAUCCCAGUCCCGAUCUCCACACAGGUCUCAUAAAAAGUCAAAGAAAAACAAACACUGACAUAAAUUUUUAAGAUGCUGUCACUUAUUGGAAAUGCAAUUUUGUUUUGUGCCUGAAUGGUCUGUUUUUUUAAAAAAAAAAAAUAACAAAAAAUCAAAUGAAAGAGCAUUCCUGGAUUUUUUGUUUAUUUGUUUGUGAAUGCAUGUGUAAACUCAUGAGUAACUGCAUCUGUAGACCUGUCCUUGUUUUAUAUUGUAUAAAUUACUUUCAUUGUGGCUGUUUCUCAAGAUGAAAUUUUUAUUGUGCUAAUGAAUUUCAUCAGAAAUGUGUAUAAUGGAUCUGCUGGCAGUAGUAGUAUUUUGUUUUAGGAUGUUGUGACUUAGCAAAAAUAAUACAGAUGUCUUCCCCCCUUUUGUAGCUUUGACAAUUUGAAUUAGAUUUCAAAUAAAAUCUGAACAGAAAACUAUAAUGUUGUUUUUUUGCCCUAUUGGUGACAUCAAGGCCCUUAAAGUCCUACUAAGUGAGUUUAGCACUUCUGUUGUGUUUCUUAUACUUAAUGCACUUUAUAAGCUCCAUUGUUCAAGUAGCUAAAGUUUUAUAUUUACUAAGAUGACUAUCAAAAUUAAGGGACCUGAGAUUCCUAUUUGGUAGGUUUGCCAACCAACUUCUUCAAUAAGGCUAUCUUGGGUAAUACUAGUACCCAGAGAUCAAAAAUCUAAGGAAAGGUGGCAUGGUCUUUUUGUUAAUGGAAUGCCUGGCUAAAAUAUUUUUUCUUUUAUCAAAGAAGUACUAUGAUUUCAGUGUACUCAGCCUGUGUCCUGAGCAACUGUUUAUUUUUAGGGAAAAAUUAACUCUCCAUCUUUUGGUUUCAUCUUCUAUCAUGAAAGAAGUUUAUUUAUAAAAUAAAUUUUCUAACAAGAGUUGGCCGUAGAAGUUUUUUGUAUGAUAAUUGCCCUUUUAUAGCCCUGUGUAGGUUAUCUUUCAAACACUGGUAUCAGUAUAUUUCUACAAAGUUCUAUUUAAAGCAGCUUAGUUGGUUUUUUUUUGUUUGUUUUUUAAGAAUUGAGUUUUAGCUUUACCUUUAAGUAAAGCUUAAAAGUAAAAUAGUUUUCAGGAAACUUAACAUCCAGUGGUUUGUAAAUUCAAGGUGCAAAAAGUUGAUUUAAACAAUUUGCAGAGUUAAAAUCUGUUACACAAUGGGAAUAAAAUUGCUGCAGUAUGAGGAAGAAAUAAGAAAACUUGUAUAAUGUUGAUCAUAAUAUUGCUACAAUAUAAUGUAAUAAAGGGUUAUGUAGUCUUGAACUGACACUA